AUGUCAAUGUCGCAGGAUUCGUGGCCACCGGCUCUCAAGGACUGGGUCUCCAAGUGCCUCGGAAUGAUGACUGACCUCAACCGCGCGGAAGCGCAAGCGGAAUUGAAACAGGUAAUCCAUGAUGCGUUCGUCAGUAAAUCCCUCUGGACGACCGACUGGUCUGGGAUGCAACUCCAAAGCCUCAUACCCAAGCCGAUGCCCGUGGUGAACAAUCUCAAGCGGAAGAAUAACCAUGCAGUGGAGCCCCCGACCACGAAGAAACAGAAGAAGAACGCGCUCAAGAAAGCUGAAGCCUCCCGCACAUUUGACCCCAACGAUCGGGCUGCACUCGAUCGCCGCGCGCAGCGCUUUCAACGUGAACACGAGAUCGAGCGCCAGAAGAAUAUCACCAGUCAGACCGCCAAUCUCCAUCUCAGUCAUCAUCCGCGUUAUGCUCACACACCUUUCGACCAAUCCGCCGAGCCUGAGGGCGACCCUAACGUCGUGGAUUGGGACCGGUACACCAUUGUUGGGACCUGUACCGAGCUCUUCAAGGACUAUCUUCGGUUGACAAGUGAACCGAAACCGGAGCAAAUUCGCCCGUUACCCAUCUUACAGCAAGCUUUUGAGCAAAUCAAGAUACGUUUCCGCAACCGAGCACCAUACAACUGGAUCUGUAACCAGCUGAAGAGCCUGCGCCAAGAUCUUGUCGUGCAGCGCAUAAAGAACGAGUUCACAGUUAAAGUGUACGAGUCGCAUGCACGGAUGGCGCUCGAGAAUAACGAUAUGGUGGAAUACAAUCAGUGCCAGGCUACUCUGAAGACUCUUUACGAGCUCGGAAUACCUGGCGCCCACAACGAAUUCACUGCCUAUCGCAUUCUCAUGCUGCUGCACGGGCGUAAUCGCAGCGAAUCAAAUCUCUACGUAGGUCAACUAACGGCACAGCAGAAAGAGGACAAGGCGGUGCAGCAUGCUCUGAACGUGCAGCGGGCUCUGGCGCUGGGGAACUACCAUCGGCUCAUGCGGCUGUAUGAGGAAGCACCGAACAUGAGCGCAUACAUCAUGGACCACUUCAUCCCUCGGGAACGCGCGCGCGCGUUAAUCUGCAUCACCAGAGCAUACAAGCAGAUCCCAAUCAGCUUCCUGCAGAACGAGCUCUGCUUGGAGACGCCCGAGGGCACGCACCAGUUCUUGCAAGAGUACGGGUGCGCGAUUUAUACGCCGGACGCAAAGAAUGUGGACUGCAACGCGAUCGACCAAGUCACACUACAGAAGACCUUCGAGCAGAAGUAUCGCAAGAUUAACAUCAAGGGGGCUAUAUGA